AAAAUAGUUAAAUUUAUUCAAGUAGAUUCUUUUUAACAUUAUUAUAAUAUUUUAGAUAAAAACUGAUGAAGAUAAGAACUGAUGAAGAACACAUCAAAUUAGCCACGUAUCAGUUUAUACAUCAUUAAGUAAAUAUACAAUAUUAUUUUACUAUGAUGAAGAAGAUAAUAUGUUUAUUUGAUGUUGAUGGCACACUUACAGAUCCUAGACAGGCAAUUAAACCAUCUGUAGAGAAAUUUCUUUUGGAAACUGUUAGAAAGGAAUUUGAUUUAGCUGUAGUCGGUGGAUCAGAUUUAAAUAAGAUUAAAGAACAAUUAGGUGGUAAAAGUAUAUUUGAAAAAUAUAAAUAUGUUUUUGCAGAGAAUGGGCUUAUUGCAUUUAAAGAUGAUAAACAGUUGCCUACUGAAACAAUUCAAAGUAUUAUUGGUGAAGAGGCAUUGCAAGAUUUAAUCAAUUUUUGUUUAAAAUAUAUAUCAGAAUUACAUUUGCCAUUCAAACGUGGAACUUUUAUAGAAUUUAGAACAGGUAUGAUUAAUAUAUCACCUGUUGGUCGUAAUUGUACUAAAAAAGAGCGUAUUCAAUUCUAUGAAUAUGAUCUUGAACAUCAAAUUCGACAGAAAUUUAUUCAAGCUAUUAAAAAAGAAUUUCCAGAUCUUGCUUUAACAUAUAGUAUAGGAGGUCAAAUAUCUUUUGAUGUUUUUCCUAUUGGUUGGGAUAAAACAUAUUGUCUUAGACAUAUUCGAGGAUAUGAUGAAAUACAUUUCUUUGGUGAUAAAACAACAGAAGGUGGUAAUGAUUAUGAAAUUUAUGAAAGUGAUUUAACUGUUGGACAUAGUGUGACAUGUCCUGAAGAUACAAUUAAUCAACUUAACAUUCUUAUGACAUUUAUGAAAGAAAAAAGAGAAAAAGAACAAUUGGAAUUUCCUAUACAAUGUGCGUAAUGAAUUAAAUAUUUUAUCUAAUAUACAAAAGAUAUAUUAUUUA